ACGGGGUUUGGCUUUUAUAUUUUAUUCGUAUGUCCAACCACACGUUUCCGCGAACACAGAAAACUCUCAAAAAAAAUGUCUUGUUUCCACUCUGGAACCAAAUAUAGGUACACCGGAGAACCCUAGCUCCUAAAAACUACCCCCACCAUGGCUCCACCUAAAUCCUAUCCACGCCAGAUGGCAUACAGCCAUACAAGUGCGGUACACAGGACAUAUAUAGGUACUCGUUUCGUGUGCGUCUGCAGUGUUCGUCCUACCUAUUAUUAUUAUUAUUAAUAUCCUACCUGAACAUCGCUAUACCGCUCGCCGUUCGCACACGUUAUAUAGUACGUUAAACGGUCGUCUGGCUUAACACACACACACGGCUCAUGCGUGCCACGAUGUGUUCUCUCAUGCGUGUGCAUGUGUAAAACAUUGUGUUAUUAUUAUUAGUAUUUAUUACCUACCGUGGUUGUGCGUUGUUCGAUGUUCACUGGACGGAAACGCGAAUGGCGAGGCGAACAGACGUUGCUAUAGGGACCGCCGCGAGUUUUCCGGCUAAACAAUAAAAAAAACAGUCACCGACGGCGGUCGAGGAGGGGGCCGGGCUUGAUCGAGUUCAGCAGCAGCUCUUGUGCACCUCAGCUGCACACUCGAGGGAGGCCUGUCGAAGGAAUGCGACUGUCCGAGUUCAGGUACACCCUGGUGCUGGUCGUCCAGCUGGCGCUGCUCGCCAUCGACCUGUUGUUCAACACGUUCAUCCAUCGGUACCUGGCCAACACGGGCAUUUCCAUUUUGCUCUUCGUGCUUCAAGACAUCGGUCAGCUGGUCGCCAUCGCGGUGUUGCUCAUCACGUUCUUCCAGACCAACAUAUUUCAGGCCGGUUUCAUUGUGCUGCUGUUCAACGAGUUCCGGUCGACCAUCAUCACCGGCGUCGGUUAUUUUAUACUAACCCUAUUCGUGCAGGUGUGGACACUUACGAACCGUUUCAAGGGCCAGGUGUAUUUCUACUGGCCGGACGGACUUUACGUGUUUUUUGUCCUGCACAAGUUCACUUCAUGUUUGCAUUACUACUUGUACAAAAGAACAGCCCUAUGUAUAUCAGAUCCCAAAUUUUACACCGAUGAAUGGAUUAACCAUCGUAUAAAUCAAGAAUCAGAUCAGAGAAGUCCUAAGUAUUGAUGAAUAAUGAAAUUGGAUGAAUGAAGUAUAUUGUUAAGAUAGGAAAUUAAUAAUAAAUUAUGAUACAAUAUCGAUCAUAAAUGGUUGGCAACUAAUUAAAAUCACAUCAAUUUACUCAUA